CCACCACCACCCCCACCCCCCCACACCGGGGCCGCUGGAGGGCACCAGCGCCCCGCGGAACGCGGCCCCGGGGCGGGGCUCGGAGCAUGGUGCAGAUCAUCAUCUCCAGCGAGGACCCCGGCAGCCCGGAGCAGUGGGUGCUGGUGGAGCUGCAGGGCGAGGUGCAGCCCCGGCAGAGCGGGGGGCUGGCGGGCAGCCUCCUGGGAGACCUGCACUACACCCGCGAGGGAGUCCCCGUGCUCGUCGUGGGCCACCACAUCCUCUACGGGAAGGUGGUGCGGCUGGAGAAACCUUUCGCCGUGCUGGUGAAGCGGGGAGCCGGCGAGCCCCCCGCCCGCUACGCCGUCGCCGCCCUCAUCAAAACCAAGCUGCUCUUCAAAACCCGCCCCAAACCCAUCAUCACCAACGUGCCCAAGAAAGUGUGAGGGCGCGGGGAACAGCCUCUCCGCUCUGCGGCCGGGGGCUCGGGGGAAUGAUCCUGGGCAAGCCCAGCCUCAGCCCCGUCCUGCUCAGAGCGCUCCCCGGGGCCACCCCGAGGGGCUGGGUCCUGUGUCUGGGCACCCCGAGCCCUUCCCAGGUCACUGGAAUCAUUCGGGGGGGAACACAAUUUGAGAGCCGCUGAGCUCUGGGGCACAAACACGGUUGCCAGAUGGGUUGGGGGUGGGCAGGAACCUCCUCCCAGCCCAGUCAGGGCCGUCCUACCCUGUCCCCCCCCCACACAGCGCCUUAUCUCUGUGCAAGUCUUUAUUUUGACAAAUCCGUCGGGAUAUAAAAACCAGACUUUUCCAAAAUAUGAAAAAAAACCCCGCAGGUUAAAAAAUAAAUAGAUUUACAAACAA